CGUCCACUCUGUAAUAAUUAAGCUGAAACGUCCCUGACCACUAUUUUUAGCCGAGUAGAGAUUUUUAGCAUUUUUGCUGUGAAAAGAUUUUAAGGAAAUAGUGUUAGAGGGGGCGCGAACAAAUCGAUAAAAAAAUAAAGAGAAAUAAAGCCAAACUUGCUCUAAAAAAAUCCAAUGUAUUUGACGUUAGGUAAUGUCAAACCCUCCAACAGAUUUAUAUUGGCGGCAUGUUAAUUUAACACAUACCCAACUUACUGGAAUUCAAGAUGGUUGGGUAGUUGAAAUUUUUUAUUUUAAAAAUUAUUUUAUAGGUUAUGGCCCAGAAAAACAAUUUUAUUUUUCAAGAGUUAGAUUUGCAAUUACUCCAAUUUUAAAAAUACAAAUGGCUGGGGAUUUUUAUGAUUUGGAUAGAGUUUUUAAAAAACCUAAAACUAGUUAUUCUUCAAAUAAUCACUGCUCUGGAUUUAUAGUACUUGAAGGAAAUAAAGACAUGUCAGGGAAUUUUAUGAAUUAUCUAGCUAAAAUUAUUUUUUAAUAAUUCUAAGUUUAAUUGGAAUAUCAGUAGAUAAUUUAGUUGUAAUUAAUCUGAUUUUUAUUUAAAAACAUUUGAUUUUCAUUGCGAUUAUAUCCCGCUUUCUACAACAACCGGGAACUCUAAUCCUAUGUGUAUUUUUUCUUUUCUUUCGGCCCAGUCACG